UAGUAAAUCGCCAAAAGUGUAAGAACCAAAAAAGAACUGAACUAAUAUAAAUAUUUGGACAACAUCACUUUGUUGAUAGUAUCUUGUAAUGCACUAAACCGGUCAUGUUUUGAUUAUUGCAGGAUAUAUUUGAGAGUGUUGACAUGAAUGAUCAUUGUGACCAGAUCUUGGGAUGGAUGAAAGAGUUAUGGAACAAAUGGAGAGGACACUUGCAUGCAAAAUAUGUGAAGGAUAAGUCAAUCCAACAGGCUCUUAAGAAUGUCCCAAAGGGUGUAGACAAGAAAGACUAGGAGUGGUUAGUAAAGGAACAUUUUUCUUCAGAUAGUUUUCAGGAGAGAAGCAACAGGAACGCAGCAAACCAAGCUAAGUUGAAGAUGUUGCAUCAUAUUGGUAGCAAGCCUAUUCGCAAGAUUAUUUAUCAAAAGGUAUUAUCAAAUAAUCUCUAUUUUCCUAAAAGAAAUAUUUAUGAGGUACUAUUUGACAUGUUUGCCUUUGAUGUAAAGGAAGGGAAAUAUGGCAAUCCACCGGAUUUGGUGACUAUUUUCUUUGACACUCGUAAGAAAGAUAACAAGCUUGUUGAACCUGAAGCAAUUGAAAAACAUGCUCAGAUUGAAGCAAUGGUUCAAUCGGAUCCAUCUCUACCUAGCAUAGAGAUUGUAGAAAAAUGUUGCGGACCUCAAACUCGUAGCCAUGUAUUUGGCUUUGGGGGUGGAGUAAAGGAAAAAGACUUGAAAGGUGGCGCUUCUUCAAAGGUUGAAUUACUGUCCGCGCUACGUUCAACUCAAGAGGAAAACAAAUUCUUGAAUGAGGAAAACAAAUCCUUGAAUGAUCGCUUGUCUACCUUAGAAGAUGAGAUGAAACAAAUUAAGAAAAUAAAAGAAUUCUUCGCUGCUCAACAAUCACAUGUCCUGCCUAUGACUUUGCCCAUUUCAACUGAAUGACCACUGUUUUUGUCUGCUUAGAUUUUGAAGAAAGAAGUUACCAGUCAAGAUGCAAGUUUAGAAGAUGCACAAGCUCAUUAUUAUUUUGCAAGGGAUGUUAUGCAAAACUUGAUGUCAUAGUCUAGCUCACGAUGCUAGCUAAGUGUUUUUGUUAAGUUGUUGAGCAAAUAUUGAAAUAGAACAUCAUGGGA